AUCAGCAGCGGGAGGCAGCUUUAAAAGGCGUUGCCUUCCCCACGCUCUCUUGUAAAACAAUGAACGCCUUUGAGAAAAGGCAAGUUUGAAGGCAGGCGGGCGAAUGGUGCCUUCUCCGGUGACACACGGCGCCGCAAACACUCAACUUCAAAGCACUUAGGAUUUACCAUUUCUUGUGGCUUUUUUUCGGGAGAGGACGAGUGGCUUCUACAUACUAAACUUUUUCUCUUAGACGCUCGAAAUAUCAACCAAAAACUUCCUCGUCUUCAGAAUUCAAUCAGCUGUAAACGACAUGCAGAGCAGACGAAGGUAGUUGCAGGGUAAUUAGCGACACAUUUUAACAGUUUCUUUUUCCACUUACCGAGGUUUUUUGCUCACGUUUUUUUGUGUGCAACUUUUGGGUGCACUGGACUACAUCUAGCAUUGGUUCGAAUUCACAUUUUGGCGUGGUGAGGUGAUUCGACGCACUUUUUACGCAUCAAUUACCCUACUCUAGCAACCGGAUUGUGUUUACCUGAGUGAUUAUCAAAAAAGCGAUGGUGGGCAGACUGAAUCUUCCCAAUCUGUCUGGUGAUGACGACCCUUUGGAUAUGAACUACAAGGCUGAGAGGGCACUUGACAGUCCGGACUCCGGGCUACCCCCGAGCCCCAGUCCAAGCCCUUGGUUGUUGCCUGUCGGCAGCGAGAGGGGGACCGGGAGUUUGGCAGCAGAGGAUGAGGGCAAAGGGUCAUCGUCGGUUUUCAUCAAGCACGCUGUGAAAUGUAGGCCUGUUCCACAAAGAUGCCCAUUAUCCUAUGGUGAAGGGAUUGAGCUCGACCCACUGCCAGCCAAGGAGAUAAGGUACACGUCGUCGGUGCGUUACGACUCGGACCGCCACUUCAUCCACGACGUGACCAUGCUGCCGCGGGGGCUGGGCCUGGACCAGUGCAGCCAGACGGUCUUCGCCCUGCCCAACUGCACCUGGCGCCGCUACAAGACCGAGCUGGAGCUGCAGCCGCGCCAGAGGGUGCAGCGCUACCAGAGCACCACCAUCGUCUACCCCAAGCACGCCCGCACCCUCUACACCACCCACCUGAGCUACGACGGACGCCGGCUAGCCAGGAGGUUCCUGUCCAGUGUGGAGCUGGAGCCGUCUGAUGCCAAAGCUACACAGUGAGGAGAGGAUGUGGAAGAGGGGGAAGAAGCGGAGCAGGAAUUGGGGAGAGCGAGAUGGGUGGUGUGAGUACUGGAGUGUGGUGGUGGUCCCUCAGAUCAUUACACACCCUAAAGUUACUCUGUGAGGCUAGGGGGGUGGUGAGAACUGGAUUCUGUGAGGGGGAUGGGUGGUGUCCCCUUCAGAGUAUUUCACUCUAGAUUCUACAGCACUCUUCUGUUCCGAUGCUCUUCAACUUGAACCCACUCAACUGUAUCUGUCAAACAUAAUGGUGAUCCAACCAGGACGAUGUGGACAGACCGGAUGGCGGCUGCUUUCAUUUUUUUUCCAGUAUAUGACUGUUUCCAUUGGACUUUUCGGAAAUGUUUAGCCAAUCGUUUCUUGAAAUGUUGAAGUGUGACUGGAGAAGGUCUUUGGGUUUUAGCUGAAUAAGUAGGGAAUGAGAAGGUGGAGUAUGCAGAUGUUCUGCACUUCGUGGAAGACUUUUUAGGUUGUAGUAUUGUACAGCAAAUAAGACGUAUAGCAAAAUGGUGGCCACUGCACUCCUGAGGAGUCUGUUGUGUUUCAGAAGAUGCUUCCUCUUUCCAUACUCUGUUAAUUUGCAGUAGCUGAUUUGAAAUGUUAUUUUCACCCCAUUUGCUCUUGCUUUGUGAACGCACCAGCUGCGGAGCUUUCCUCAUCUACCUUAAUGAGGAGGAGUGUGCUCAAGUCACGGGUGGGCAGACUUUUUGUGAAGGCCAAUAAAACUACAUUA